AUGCUUCGAGAUGGUGACAAACCCCAGCACCCCGAGGCAGCGCCUACCUCAACCGGUCAUCUCAGCCUCGACCUGCGCAGGCCUAUCGGACCCUCCGUGAUGCCUCCCAGAAUGCAAUAUCGAAGUCGGCCUGUCUCGGUCGCCGUAGACCCAGUGUCUCUGGUCAUGUCGGAGUGCAUAUCCAUAACGUCGGCACUGCACAAGCAUGCGCGCUCACCGCAUUCUUCUGUAUCCGCCAUUCUCGGCGGAAACCCGAACCCGAUAUACUUGGGCCCCACGAAUGCUACACCUAGAGGCCCGAAAGCUACUGGCAGUGCUCUCAACGCAGACAAUUUACAGGAUGCGGCUUCUGCCAACCGAUGGGGUCUACGUGGGAAAAGGGGCCGCAGCAUACAGGACAAUCCUCUGAUGGCUGGCUUUGGGAAGCUUCGACACGAACUGGCCAGCGUUCGAGACAUUCAUUCGUUUGACGCGUUAUCGCUUCUGAGUCCAUUCUUGCAGAUCAUACAAACCAAAGGCACCGCUGCGCCUGUCACGAUACUCACGCUCGGAGCACUCCGCAAGUUCCUCGCCUAUGGCUUCAUUGGCCCGACCUCCCCGCGAUUCGCCCUGGCGAUGCAGUCACUAUCCGCAGCAGUCACGCGUUGCCAAUUUGAUGGCAGUGACUCUGGCCAGGUUGAAGUUGUUUUGCUCAUGAUUCUCCAUCUGAUGGAAGACAUGAUGUCAGGGCCUGGGGGUGACAUUCUCAGCGACGAAAGCGUAUGCGAUAUGAUGGGCAGAGGAUUGGCCAUCUGUUCACAACCCCGUUUCUCACCCGUGCUACGCCGCACGGCUGAGGCGUCAAUGGUUCGCAUGUGCCAAAUCAUCUUCGAGGACGUGAAGCACUUGGAAGUCGAAGCCGGAGACGAGUCUGAUGCUCUCGAUAAACAGACGAGUGCGGACAUGGACAGCGUAAAGAUGGACCCUGCUGCAAAUGCUGCUGCUGGUUUGCAAGCCCCAGGGCCAGAGAAUGAAGCUCGCUUGUCAACAUCGAGCUCAACGCCAGUAGACCUGAACCCACCAUCUCAAGAAAGCUUCGACUCUGGAGAAUCCAAGCCCAUUAUCAACACUGGCGCCGAAGCAGAAGGAGAUGGCGAAGCAGGAGGUGAUGGCGAAGAAAGUUCCGAAUCCCUCGAUCUGCGACCCUACUCGCUGCCAUCAGUUCGGGAGCUCUUCAGAGUCCUAGUCAACUUUCUAGAUCCUAACGACCGCCAGCACACAGAUACGAUGAGGGUAAUGGCUUUGCGCAUCAUACACGUGGCACUUGAGGUAUCAGGGCCCUCCAUCGCACGACAUCCAGCUUUGGCUGGCAUUGCGGAAGACAGGCUUUGUUGUUACCUCUUUCAACUUGUGAGGUCUGAUAAUAUGGCCAUUCUUCAAGAAUCCCUGAUUGUUGCUGGCACUUUGUUAGCCACUUGCCGUGGCGUUCUGAAACUGCAGCAGGAACUAUUCCUCUCAUACCUAGUUGCGUGUCUUCACCCAUCAGUAGAAAUACCACGCGAACCCGGUAUUGACCCAACGCUGUAUGCCGGAAUACCGCAGUCUCCCAAACUGGUCAAACCUCCACCGUCGCAGACCAGCAGCGGACGUUCCACGCCAGUACCAGUGAAGGAUAGGCAGAAACUGGGCCUUGAAGGCGGCGCAAGAAAGCCCGACGCGCGACAGGCAAUGGUUGAAAGCAUUGGUGUCUUGGCACGAAUGCCGACGUUCAUGGCCGAAUUGUUUGUCAACUACGACUGCGACGCCGAUCGAGCAGAUCUUUGCGAAGACAUGAUCGGACUACUGGCGAGAAACGCCCUCCCUGACAGCGCUACUUGGUCUACCACAAGCGUUCCGCCGCUAUGUUUAGACGCACUUCUCCGAUACAUACAGUUCCUCGCUGAGCGACUGGAUGAGCCGCCAGUAGUGGAAGAGUACCUAGAUCCGGCCGAAUUACGAGAGCGACGGCGGAAGAAGAAGAUUAUUAUCAAAGGAACGAGCAAGUUCAACGAGAAUCCGAAGGGAGGUCUGGCUUAUCUCGAGGCACAGGGCAUCAUCCAGAAUGUCAAAGAUCCUGUCUCGGUUGCCCAGUUCCUCAAAGGCACCUCUCGAGUGUCAAAGAAGGUUCUUGGGGAGUAUCUGUCGAAGAAGGGCAGUGAAACCGUCCUCGAGGCAUACAUGAAUCUUUUCGACUUUUCUGAAAAACGAGUUGACGAGGCGCUCAGAGGCCUCCUGGAGACGUUCCGACUUCCUGGAGAAUCCGCGUUGAUUGAGAGGAUCGUCACUUGUUUCGCCGCCAAAUACUGCUCCAUGGCAACACCGACUGAAGUUGCCAACGCAGAUGCAGUCUUCGUCUUGACGUAUGCCAUCAUCAUGCUGAAUACGGACCAGCAUAACCCCAACCUCAAGGGUCAGAAGCGCAUGACCGUGGAUGACUUUGCACGGAAUUUGAGGGGCGUCAAUGACGGGCAAGACUUCGCCCCUAGUUACCUCCAAAGUAUUUAUGACAACAUCAGAACGAAUGAGAUCAUUCUCCCUGACGAACACGACAAUAAGCACGCUUUUGACUACGCCUGGCGGGAGCUUAUUGUGAAGUCCGAGUCGGUGCGGCCAUUGGUCCUAUGCGAUACGAACAUCUACGACGCGGACAUGUUCGCGGCGACGUGGCGGCCAAUCGUCUCAACACUGUCAUACGUCUUCAUGUCUGCCACGGACGAUGCGGUCUUUGCCAGAAUUGUUACCGGCUUCGACGAGUGCGCGCGAGUCGCUGCCAAAUACAAGAAUGCUGAUGCUCUCAAUCAGAUUGUAUACUCACUCAGCCACAUGACAACGCUGGCCACCGAGAUUCCUUUCAACACGAGCUUGAACACCGAGGUUCAAGCUGGUGAGAGCAGUGUCAUGGUCAGUGAGCUGGCGGUCAAGCUGGGUAGAGACUUCCGCGCGCAGCUGGCCACGCUGGUACUUUUCCGCGUCGUGACCGGCAAUGAGCACUUGAUUCGCAGCGGUUGGAAAUCUAUUACUCGUAUCUGGCUCAACCUUUUCGUCAACUCUCUCAUCCCGUCCUUCUUUUUGGAGGGUUCUCUUGACAUCAAACCUAUUCCGCUGCAGACGCCCUCUCAAGUCAUCGAUAGAGGUUCAAAAGCCGUGGAGACUGGUUUCUUCUCUGCGUUUACUAGCUACAUCUCCAGCUACGCAGCUGACGACCCCCCCGAGCCUUCGGAGGAAGAGCUCGAAAGCACACUUUGCACUGUCGACUGCGUCAACCAAUGCCGUAUGGGCGAAGUCUUUGCCAACAUCUCAAACCUGCCACCUGAUGAGUUGGAGCCUCUCGUCAACGCGCUGUUAGAUGCUUUGCCAGAGGAUCACAGUUCUACGGUGAUAGUCGUCAAAUCUGAUGUGCCGUCCUCGCCUAUGAAUGGACAGAAGACCGCACAAGCUGGGAUCGUCUAUGACCCAGCAAUGGCCUACAUCCUGGAAUUCAGUACCGUGCUUGCUGUUCGUGACCAAGACACCAUCCAACUUGUUGGCAAGCGGGUCAUCGACGCAUUGCAAGCAGUACUGCGGGAUGCUGGACGCUACCACUACAUUCUCGUCUCAAGGGCUGCCUUCUACCUUUUGAAGCUAUUGCACGUUAGCUACACUCAUGACUAUAUUAACGUGCCCGUCCUACUUCACACCAUAUCGAGUUUUGCGAAGGACGUGCUGGCAAAGACCUCGGUUCUGCUCCUUCAGGGAUUGAGAAUUUGCAUCGACGAGCCAAGCCCACUUCGCAACGAGAUCAUGACCUCUCCGGACUUCUGGGCCAUUAUGCGAGCACUGGCUCUGCGACAAGACUCGGCGCCACUUGUUUUCGAUAUACUGGAAAUGGGUUGCGGUGGAGCCCCCCCAGCCAUCAUUGCGGAUAACUAUGAGUCUGCUAUCUUGCUACUCGGAGAGUUCGCCUCGGUGGCCGGCCGUGCUGCUGUAGCUGAUGCAAAGCAGCGCAAGACUCGUGAGGGUACACGCGAAAACCCUAGUCUUGUCGAAGUUGUGGCACGUGGCUCCAAAGCAAUCAGCACGAUUUACAGUAUGACGGCACGCAUUCCCUUCUUGAUGAAGCAGUCCCAUCUUGAAAACAAUGAAGCAUGGUCUGCGUACUGGUUGCCCAUUUUUCAGGCUCUCACAACGCAAUGCACGAAUCCUUGUCGAGAUGUUCGCCUCCAGGCCUUCACUUCACUCCAGCGGUCGUUGCUCUCGCCAGAUCUCACCUGCAACGACCACAAGGAGUGGAUAGCGAUAUUUGGAGAGGUUCUGUUCCCGUUGAUCCACAAGCUCUUGAAGCCAGAGGUCUUCUCUUCCGACCCUGUAGGUAUGAGUGAGAUGCGAGUUCAGGCCGCUUCUUUGCUGUGCAAAGUCUUUCUCCAAUACCUUGUGCUUCUUUCCGAAUGGGACGAGAUGUUGGAUUUGUGGGUUAAGAUCAUCGAUAUCAUGGAUCGUUUGAUGAACAGUGGGCAGGGUGACAGUCUAGAGGAGGCAGUCCGCGAGAAUCUCAAGAACGUGGUCCUUUUUCUAGCAAGCAGUGGAUACUUGGUAGCGCCCAGCCAAGAUCCUUUGAAAGAGACCCUUUGGAGUGAGACUUGGAAGCGAAUUGACCGCUUUGUGCCAGACCUUAGAGGUGACUUGGCGUUAGAAGAACCAAAGGCUAGUGGAGAACAGGCGGCUAUAGUAGAAGCAAGCAUAUAA